GGGGCUUCGAGACCCAGUCACUUGGUCAAUCCGCCGCCGACUAUUCCGGAAACGCAAACUGCGAACAUCGCACCACAACCAGGCUCUGCAGACCCUGAGCAUCGCCAGAGCCUGGCGGCGUGUAGCUUGUCCGAUUUCCAGGCGAUUAUUGACGCACAACUGCGCUCAGCAAGACCGUCUUUGGCUGGUGAAAAUCAGUCGCUGAACGCGAUGGCAAUGAGCAUAAUGCAGGGAAGUAGUGCCAGGAGCAGCGCGGUAGUUGGAAACACGUCAACAAUUAUGAACACGACAGCGGCUCCUGCAAGCGGAAGCGGUAACGCUGGUGGAUCCACGACUGGGGGCUUGUUCGGCAAGGAACAACUCACCAAUUUUGCGAACUUCCUGACAUCCGCGACAGCGACUCCAGGUGGUGGCGCUAAUCCUCGGUCAUCGCUCAGCUAUGGCGAGAAUCUUGCAGCGGGCGCAGCAUCAGCCAAAAACAACGAUGCGGUCGCUAGCCAGACGACACUUCCAAGCAUUUUGCAGCAGCUGCCGCUCUACCUCGGCCCUGCCCCUGUCGGGACCGGAACGCGAAACGCAGCAGACAACUCCUUCGCGUCGAUGACGCCUUGUAGUGCAAGACCAUCCGGAAUCAACAACAGCCUGCAGACUGCAACAGGAACCAGUGGUAGCGGAUUGCAGCUGCCUUCUGCAACUGGCAUCCAGCUGCCGUCGACAACGCCAACGGGAUGCCUAUCGGGAACUGGCCUCGCGGCGCCGCGCAACUCGUUGGAGGCUGCGCGGGCAUCCUUGUUGCUAAACGCAACAUCGCUAAUGGAUGCGCCUACUCAACGACACUCCGUGCUGCUUCCAGGCCAGGGUGCAAACGCUGGAGGAGCGUCUACUGGAGCUGCAAGAGAUCCUUUGCUUGGGCAGGUGACGCCCUUACCAGCAGGUAUUGAGAUUCCGGCAGCGCGAUCAUCAGUGAUCCACGAACCGGCUUCGGGUGUGACUGAGUUCGACUCUCACAUUGCAGCACGUGCUUCAGUGAGUUACAACAAUCCGAAUCACAACAAUGCUGCGCUUCUUAAUGCAACACCGCGAAUGACUGGAGCAGAGCAAGAAAACAGCAACACAGGACUGUCCUUGUCUGCGUUUAAUCCCGGAGGUCUAUCUGGAACGCCGCAGUUGGCUACAGGAUCUGCAGCACCGUCUAGCGUUCUUAUUGGGGACCGAGCUUGGCAUGGAAGCAACUCCGUCAUGGCGGGUGCUUCAGCAGCGCAGCAGCGCAAUAGUCUCAUUGCUUUGCAACCGCUGAUGUCGACAACCGCAAGUAGUUCCGGAAACACCAUGAACAAUAACGGUCCAUUGGCUUCCCUCACGUUGCCAAGCCUGAAUCUGAACACGACUCCUAAUCCGGAGCCAGCGAACAACUUCGGGUCUGGGAUGAUGAACAACGAAUUUGGUUCGAUUUCCGCAAGUGCACGAGCAUCGCUGACCCUCGCGCCAGUGUUGGGAAACAACUUUACGACAUCUAAGACCACGACAAAUAACAACAAUGUGCUACUGCGAGCUGGUAUAUCAAAUGACCAACAACAAGCUGAUCAGCAACCGAUAAGUCAGGCGUCUUCAACAAUCCACAACCUGAGCAUAAUCAUCGACCAAAUGCGCCGCAGCAGCGUCGGAAUGGGCGGAAAUCCGCCAAUGCCGCAGACUUUACUCAGUGCGACGACACCUGUUACUAGUACGACCCCAGGAAUGCUGCCGGCAUUCAGCACGAUUCCGGAAGGACGCGCGAGUCUCAUGCGGGAGCCGGCUACCACAACCUCUGCGGGCUUCGCAGAGCAACGUAAUUCGUCCUUAUUUCUGACGCCGAACAUCGACGCAAGCAAGUCUGCUGUCAGUGAUCAGCAGCAGCAGCAGUCUACUCCAUCUGGUACUUUUAGUAACGUGCCCAAGGGUCGCUCGAGUUUGACGCAGGGACAGCUGAACAUCCUAACGGAGUUGCAGAAUAUUCAGGAGAGGGAGCAACAACGAGGCGUCGCCGCCGGAUUCGUUACACCGACCACAGGCACCACGAGUGCGUUUGGAAUCACAAAUGCGACUCCUGGCGGCCAGCAUUUGGUCGGACAGAGCGCAGGAGCACUGUCAGCGACAAAACAAGGUUCCGCCUGCUUGAAUGCGAAUAGCGCUAUGAAUCUAAACACAUCUUCGACCACUUCUGCUGGAGCGUUGCUGUUCGGUGCCGAUGGACCAAAACUGCCUCACAUUCCAGAAAUUCCGAAUGACAAGGAAGCUCAAAGUACGACAGGAGCUUCGAUGGGUAUGGAUGUCAAGGGUGGGCCUUUUUUGCCUUCAGCUAGGUCCUUUGACUCGUUUUGCGGUGGAGGUCCAAGUUGCUUGUCGCCGCUACCUGUGACGGUCGCUUCCUGUCCAGGAGCUGCUCAGGAGCUCCCGGUCGGUAGCAACAAUCUGAUACCGCUUCCCAUGGUAGCUGCGUCAGCGCCGUGCGCUCCCUUGCUCGGAGGUGGCGUGCCGCAGCCGCUGAGCUCUGUAUCCACAGUAAGUGGCCACGAUGAACACGAAAUCAUACUGGGAGAGGAGUCGCAGGAGGAGCAGGCAGCGGCACCACGAUUUUCUGUUGGGCGAGCGCUCUCGCACUAGAUCGUGGUCGCAACGACGACUAGAAAAGCUCUUGACAUCAUACUGAUAAAUGUUGAUUGGCAUGAUUUUGAGGAAAAAGUUGGAAGUAAUUUCUUCGGUUUAUCGAGUGGAGAUAGAUAAAGAAAAAGAUGAACUACGAACACGAUCAAGAAGAAGAAGAUGAAGAACCACCAAAAUGAAAAGAAUAUUUGAUCAACAUGAAAACUAAGAUUAAGAAAGAGAAUGGCGUCUACCCAAUCAUUUAGAAGCGUCCCCUCCUCAUGACUCACACGACUCGCUCAACAGGCCUCUAUAUGCUUAUACAAUGGUAGCGCGCGUCAGGCUCUCCACCAAUGCCCGUCUGAUUAAUUGUUGCGGCCAGGAGAACAUCGAAAUUAGAUAAUUCAUAAGGUAGCCCAAUGGCUACGGUUUGGAUGAUGCUCUUCAUCAUCCUCAGCGAUGUCGCCCCUGUCCUGUGAACUAGUGCUAAUCUGCACAAGCACAGGACAAAUUUGAGAAGACAAAAUAUUUGGUUUUUGUUGUUGUUGUUAAGUACGAAGAUCCCUGGGGCUUAGUGCCUUUCAUCUGCCUAAGCUAACUAGAUCCGGACCAACUAUUUAACUCAUCAACUUG